AUGGAGCAGCUCAACCGGGAAGGUCCCAUCUCCAGCGCCGCCUGGGCUGGGAGGGUCUCCCCCGACCUUCAGGCAGAGACUCUCAGUGAAGUCUCCACCACCAGUCAGUUCUAUGCCUCCUCCUGGGGUAAAAGACGUGUCUCUUCCGACAGACACUCCUACGCGGCGAGGCAGAGGGCCCCGCGACACAGCGUGCAAGCAAGGCCUCCGAGGCAUGCCGCACCCGACACGUACCUGCUUUUGCAGCAAGUGAGCAAACCACCGGGACGGCAGAAGGCGGGCCCCGCGUCCGCGCGGGCUCCAGCUCUCGCCCCAAUCAACGGCGUCAACUGCGUCCCCGCCCCUGCCCCCUGUUCUGUGCGGAGUCUCCGGGAUCUCUGUCACCUCACAGAAGUCGUUGCCGGUCGCGGGUGUGGGGCGCGAGUAGCGCAGGGCCGCCUUCCCCCCCCCCCUCAGGCCGGGCUCCGGCUCGGUCCCCCGCUCCCUCCUCUCCCCACCCUGGUCGGGUACCCGAAGGUCCAAGCCGCUGCCGGCUGCCCGAGGGCCAUCGUGGCCGCCGCCACGGGUCCUGAUGGAGCCGCCGAAUCUCUAUCCGGUGAAGCUCUACGUGUACGACUUGUCCAAAGGCCUGGCCCGGCGGCUCAGCCCCAUCAUGCUGGUAGAGAAAGCGAGGAUGUCUCCAGCGCGUGUCCCCGGUGGUGGAAGCGACACUGCAGAUCCUCUGGCGGCUCUCGGAGUGACUGCCCUCCGCGCCAAAAGGAAACUCCCUCUGCAGUCCUUGGAGUGGAUGGGAAGGCAGAGGGCCUGAGUACUCGCGCGGCUCCAGGUUAGGUCAAGUCAGGUCACCCUGAGCCAGAACUUAGAACUAAUCACAUUCUGUCCGACAAUGCGGUCUUCGCUCAACAGCUAAUUGCUUUUGACCAGAUGGUGAGAAAGCAAUUCUGGGGGAAGACGGGAUCCUGUUUUGUCAGUGAGGGUUAGUUAAGGGGAAGUGUUUGGUUUGCGCUCAGGUUCGAAUGGUUUAGCGCUGAGAGAGAUAACUUCAAGUCAGAUACCAAAAUGUCUGUAUCCCAUAGGAUUUGUCAGGUUUGCCCUUUCAGGUAAUGACGGACAGGAAAGGAGUUCAGGGAUUGACAAUCACGUAGUUUUGCACCGUCCAAUCGAUAGUGUUUCCUGGCCUAGUUCUUCCUCAGUGAAGGCAAGGGGCAGGGAUCAAGGAAGCGAGGCAACUUUGGGGGCCAUCUUUUUGUGAUGUGUCACUGAGCUGAACUUCAUUAAUCCUUCCACCCUGGGGCAGUGAGUGGUUUCUAAAUUUGGCUUCACAUCAGAAUCAGCUAGAAUGUUCGUUAAAAACACAAGCACCUGACUAAGUAUGAGGCUCACUCACUGGAGAAUUCCUGCUUGGCGCACAUGCUUCAAGCCCAGGGCUUGGUCUGUAACACGGAAGCAAAAACAAGUGCGUUCCUUUCCAGUGUAUAUUG